AUGUCAUUGUGGAAGCUUCCUUUCCUCUUCGCUGGCACGAUGGGCACUUGGCUUGCCCUCACCCCGCCACAGCAGCCGGCUGGCAAGACCGAGCUUGCAAAGAAAGAGGGUCUCGAGAAGUACUUUGGCUCCGUCGUGCUUUUACAUGCAUUCGUGUGGAAGACAACUGUCAUCACGAGCACCGUUCUCGGCAUUGCCUCCAUUAUGGGCGCCCACAUCCCGUCGCCGCUGCAUACUCCGCCGCCUCCGGAUUCGCCGACACCAGCGUCCACAUCGAUCUUCCUCGCCGGGAUCGCCUUAACCCUUGCAUCGGGUCUCAUCCGCGAUGCCUGCUAUCGCACCCUUGGCCGUCUGUUCACGUUCGAGAUCACUAUCCGCCCACAACACCAACUCAUCACCUCGGGUCCGUACGCGUGGGUGCGCCAUCCCAGUUACGCUGGCGUGGUGUUCGGAUCUUUCGGAACAUUGCUAUUGCACUUCGGCCCCGAGACAUGGUUCGCCACGGUCAUGCUACCAACAUUGGUGGGGAAAUUGUAUGUCGCAGUGUGGUGCGCUAUCGAGGCAUUCGUGCUCUGGAGCAUACUCGCGCGAGCACCACUGGAAGAUAGACUGUUGCGCAAGCAGUUUGGGCAGGAGUGGGAACAAUACGCGGCAAGGGUCCGCUGGAGGGCCAUACCCGGCAUCUUCUGA